CUGCAACGCCGGUACCAACUAUUGAUCGGUUCAUGUUAGUUCCCGAGUGCGAAAAUUUACUUUUUAUUUUAGUGGUGGUUUUUCAGUUUUUGGUCCUUUAAUGACUAGCAAUUUGGAUUAGUUUUUGAUUUGUUUUAGAAGAUGAUAAACUGAUUCAAUAAUAAUGGACCUUCGUGUAUUUUACUUAUUCGCCCUGUUUAACUUAUGCCGUGCGGAAGACGAUCUUCUCGACGCUUACGUGCGACAUGUGGAAGAACGAAACGUUUUGGAUUACGAGGAUUACAUUCCUGCCACGCUCGACAGGACGAAGAGGCAAGUCAACGAUCUGGCUCAAUGGACCCACUCAGAAGAAUUGGACAGGAAUGGUUUCGUUGUGUUGAGGUGGCAACCGAGACAUCAGGAGAUACUUUUUAGGGUCGAAGCAAGGACAAAAGGAUACAUUGGCAUCGGUUUCAGUCCUGAUGGCGGGAUGGAAAACGCCGACAUUGUUAUUGGAUGGGUUGACGAUGGAAAUGGAAAAGCAUUCUUACUGGACUGUCACGGUGUUCCCAAGAGCCAGGGAAGCGCCCCAAUCCGGGACGAAGUAGACAAUUACACCCUCAUGGGGGGACAGCAGAACGACACCCACACAGUCAUCGAGUUCCGUCGUGCUUUGGACACAUGCGAUCCCAACGAUUACGUCCUCAAUAGUGACACCGUGAGGAUGAUUUGGGCCUUCCACGACAUCGAUCCACCACACGGCGGUGGUUUCAUCUACCACGAGGAAAAUAGGGGAGUGCAAAGCUUACAUUUGUUAGGACCUUCACCUUUGCAACAGCCCCCCAACACCAACGUCAGACAUUGGGAUGUGACGUUCAAAAACUUUAAAGUUACGGAUAAUAUGAACACAAUCUACUGGUGCAAAGUGUUCAAAGCCCCAAUCCUGAACACCAAACACCACAUAAUUGGAUACGAACCACUAAUCGGCAAGAAUCAUUCUAAGAUGAUUCACCACAUGAUCAUGCACGAAUGUCAAUUAGAUGGAAGUGCAAAUGCGAAAAUAUGGGAGAAAUAUUCAGACGAAGAGGGACAACUGUGCUAUACUAACAUGCCUAUGGACUGGGAAAAAUGUUUAACUCCUUUAGUUGCCUGGGCAGUCGGUUCAAAAGGCGAGUUCUUCCCAAAACAAGUGGGGUUGCCCUUAACCGGUCGCCAAAAUGCAUUCUACAUGCUAGAAGUUCACUUCGAUAACCCUUCAAUGGUUCAAGCCGUUGACACAUCCGGUCUACGCCUUCACUACACCAACGAGCUGCGGGAGAAUGAGGGUGGAAUUCUGAUAACUGGAGUGGCACCCUCCACACUUCACUUCAUCCCGCCUUAUCAACAGGAGUACAAGACCGCCGGCUAUUGCAGUUUCGGUUGUACGAAGUCUGUGUUUCCGAAAGAUGGCAUCAAUGUUGUUUCGGUUAUGUUACAUUCGCAUUUGGCGGGACGGAAGUUGAAGUUGAGACAUGUGAGGGGUGGGAAGGAAUUGCCACCUUUGGCUCAAGAUGAUCAUUAUGACUUUAACUAUCAGCAAUCGAGGACGUUAUCUCAAGCAACGACGAUUCUUCCCGGCGACGGAUUGAUAACUGAGUGCUCUUAUUCAACUGUAAAUAGAGAUAAACCUACCUUAGGGGGCUAUUCGACAUCUGAAGAAAUGUGUUUGGCCUUUGUUCUUCAUUAUCCCAGAACUGAACUUGCUGGGUGCUAUUCAAUUCCUCCUGUUAAGUACUUUUUUGAGAAUCUAGGCGUGAAGGAGUUUUACGGGAAGAAUAUGUCCGAGGUUGAGAAAAGUCUACUGGAAGGAGAUUCGGAAAUAGUGGAAAAACCUCAAUCGACAACCAAAAAGCCUCUGUUCCAAUACAAUCCAGGUGAUGAAACGAAUCCGGAAGCAAAUCGUAGGGCAAUCCUAGCUCUACAAAAUGCCAAAGAAUUUAGUAUUGAAGGAGAAACAAGUGAAGGUACCUCAGUAUUUGAUAAGUUGAUAAUCAAGGAUCCAGCUGAGUUCAGGAACAAGACCUUCACCUCUCAUUUGCAAAAUAUUCCUUACAACGAAACUAUUCUAACUAAAAAGAUGGAGGAGUACUUUUACACAGGGUUACAUUUAACUUUCUGUAGGAAACGAGAUGAUUCAUUAGCUAUUAAAGAAAACAUAGAAAACUUGCCAAAGUUCUCGUCAUAUGAAGACGGAGAAAACAGCAUUCGUUGCAGUUACAAGCAGAGGAGAUCAUUUGCAAUUUCUUUGUCCACAAAAAUUUUGCCAGAAUUGUUUCUUAUAUUCAGUUCAUUGAUUUUACAUUUUCAUUAACCAAUACCAAAAAAUAUCCUAAGCAAGAAACCCUUACACUUGAAAACGCACUUCAAAUUAUACUUUUGCAAAUGGUAGAAACACUUUUAGUUAUUGAAAUUUUACUGUUUUGUUUGUAAUUAUAGUUUUAUUUUAGAUAUACUUUAUUUAUUUAUUUUCGUCGCGUGUGUAUUUUAUAAAUUGCCUGUAUAUAUUUAGUCACAUUAUCAUUAGUUCACUUGUACAUAUCGAAUUAUUACCAAAUAACUAGAAGUAGAAAUAAGUUUAUAAGAGUUUUAUAGGCUGACAAGAUGCUGUGAAAUUAACCGUAAACUAAUUAGUUUUAAAUCAGUCAAAACCUGUACUUAUUACUUUUAAGUAAUCAAUAUAUUUUG